AUGAAGUAUACAAUAUUGGUCAGCUAUACCCUUUAUCGAAUUAUCAAAUUUUUGUUUCCAAAUUUAUGUCCAAUGGAAAUUAAUUUUCUGGGAGGGUUUUUUUUGUGCUGCCUGGUAAUUGGUCUGGACUUGGCUGUUGUUCUAGCGGAUCCCUGGCCCGCUCCCCUCAAGCUUUCCCUGGCUGACCAACCAGAUCUUCUGCCACGCAGGCAUGGAGAGGCGCUGGAGCAGCGGUCACUCGAUGACGAAGCCAUUGCAAUAUUGCUCCUGGAGGGAUCCGACGACAUUAAAGUUGAUUGCGAUGAUCUCCGUUACGGACCGACCACGCCGGGAGGGCAAGCCCAGUUGACCGCUAGCUUGUUUUUUUGCAUCCCGAGCAGUCUGUUUAUUAGCCGCCUUGUAGAAUGA